AUGACAAAUCAAAACCUCAUUGUUUCAACUAUUUUUAUACAAUCACGUCAACAAAAAAAUGGAAAAAGCAACAUAAAUAAUCAAAAAAAUUACACAAGUCUUUUAUCUGAAGAAAAUUUAAAACUUCACAUAGGAAUGAUGCCUUCUGCAAAGGAAACAAAAGCAAACUUAGUACUUGGUUAUGUGGAUCUUCAAAAACAAUUAGUUACUCUCGAGGCUCAACUUCGUAAAGAAGCUGAAGUAGCUCAGGAAAAAUUUAAUUCGCUAUUACCUGAAAACACCCCUUCUGUUAUACCGGAAAUUAUAAAUAUAAAUUCAAUACCGCUUAUACCAAAUCAUAUAUCAUUACCUUUAACAAUUGAAAAUGAGGACAAUAAUUCCUACACAUUGGCAGAUAAUUCUUAUAAAGCUUCACCAAAUACAGUAGAAGAAAUACCAACACUUUUAGAUUCUUUAAUUAAAAAUUUUCAAUCGUUGCGUGUAGAACCAUCAGUACCUCCUUCACCAUCACAAUCAACAGUUAGAUCAAAAAUGUCAUCGUCAAAGCAAAAAGCACCCCUUAAAAAUAUAUUUAUUUCGGCGAAUCCUAAACCACCACAUCAAAGAAACAAUAGCGGUGAUACGACGAAUACUUUUUAUUUACAACAAAAUAGUCCUACUUCAUCUAUUCAUAAUAAUCCAACUUAUACCUCAUUACAAAAUUCUCCAUUUCCGCCUUCAACACCAAUGACUUGUAAUGCACCACACAAUUCAUCACCUUUGUUAAAUUCAACACCGUCUUCACCUAACCAUGAAAAAUCUGAAAUUGAUGCUUAUAAAUCUGUGUCAGAAAAUCGUGAUAGUGGUAUAUCUUUUGUUUCACCUGGACGUAAAUCUGGUAAUCAUUCAAGAGAGCAUUCAAUUUCAUCUUUAUUAAGAAAAAUAGGAACUUUUCAUAAUUUUAAUAAAGAUAACCAUAGUCAAGAUGAAACUCGCAAAGAAAAAAGUUGGGGAAAUAUAUCUUCUAUGGUAAUUGGUUAUAAGGAUCCAAAUUCUGAAUUAUUAGCUUUUAGUGAGAAUUUAUUUAUGACUAAUAUUGAUAAUUCAACAUUAAAAAUUAAAGAACGUUCAGUAACUUUUGAAGAUCUACAAGUAACUAAUUUUGAAGAUUAUUAUACAGCGCCGGAUGUUGUAGAAUGA